UUUAACUUAUAUUGGGUCUUCAUGUCUGAUGCCUCCGAAUAUACAAAAUCCAUUCUCUCUCUCUCUCUGACUUCGCAACUCUGGUACAAAUUUUUUAUCCUCGCCUCUCCUCUCUCUCUGUCCUCUAACAAGGAUGAUCACCGUUUUAACACCUCAUUCCUCCAACCUUCUUAACCCCACUGAAAUUCCCAUGGGUUGUCACCGUUUCCAUUCUUGCGCACAAACCCUAACCCUACUUCGUUGUCCUGCAACUACUUUCAGGAGAAUAAGAAGAAGCAGCAGCAGGGUACUAGCAGCUGGGACAUCUGGAACUGAGGUGUUUGGCAUGGAAGAAUGGCUUGCGAAGCUCCCUGAUAAGAAGAAACCUCUCUAUUCUCAUAGUUUGCCAUCCAUUGAGGCCUGGCUUAUGAAUCUUGGGUUUUAUCAGAGCAAAGAAGAUCGAGCGGUUUGGUUUGUUGAGAAACCGGACUGGCAUGCUCAGCUUUCACUUGACAUAACUGAUCUUUACAUAAGGUAUCUCAAGAGUGGACCAGGGGAUCUUGAGAAGGACAUUGAGAGGAGAUUCAGUUACGCAUUAAGCAGAGAAGACAUUGAGAAUGCCAUUUUAGGGGGACCCUAGCCAAAGGGAGUUGUAGAAAGAAGAUGAAAAAAAACUGAAACAUGUAUUUAUAGGGCCCUCUCGACUUGUAUUCUUGAGAAUGUAUAUGUUCCUAUUAUUUGCUGAUUUUCCCUUUUCCGCUCAAUUUGUUUUACAAAUGAUGCUUAUGAUUGUUGAAAGGGGAAGGUCGUUUCCCCAUAUUUAUUUCUCUAGACAGUGGCACUUCUUUGGCUGAUAAAUAGGCAACAGAGAUGGUGUUUUUGCAUUU